AACAGGUACAGUGUGCAGUGUAAAGGCGACAGGUGGAGCGACCAGGAGCCGACUGCGACCAUGACCGGACAGCACUGCUGGGGAUACGGCGAGGAGGGCGGUCCCUCUGAAUGGUACCGAUAUUUCCCCAUUGCCCAGGGCGAUCGUCAGUCUCCUAUUAAUAUAGUUCCCAGCAAGGCCGUCUUCAAUCCCAGCCUGAAACCUCUGGUGGUGUCCUACGACCAGUGCACGUCCAUCGACAUGUCAAACAACGGCCACUCGGUCAUGGUGGAGUUUGAUGACAACGAUGAUAAAACAGUGAUCAGCGGAGGACCACUUAAUGAUUCCUACCGCCUGAAGCAGUUCCACUUUCACUGGGGAACCCAGCAGAACGAGGGGUCCGAGCACACCGUGGACGGCAGGUCUUACCCCUGUGAGCUCCACUUGGUUCAUUGGAAUGCAAAAUCCUAUCCCACUUUUGGCGAGGCAGCGGCGGCCUCGGAUGGGCUGGUGGUCGUCGGCGUCUUCUUAGAGACUGGGGAGAAGCACCCGGGACUCGACAGGUUAACGGACGCUUUGUACAUGGUCAGGUUUAAAGGAACCAAAGCGCAAUUUAACAACUUCAAUCCCAAAUGCCUGCUGCCCUCCAGCCUGGAAUACUGGACGUACCCCGGUUCCCUCACCACCCCCCCCCUCAACGAGAGCGUGACCUGGAUCAUCCUGAAAGAGACGAUUAAGGUUUCGGAAAAACAGAUGGAGCGAUUCAGGAAAACCCUGCUUUUCAAUGGAGAGGAAGAGGAAGAGCGGAUCCACAUGGUGAACAACUUCCGACCCCCGCAGCCUCUCAAUGGAAGAAAAGUAGAAGCCUCCUUUAAAUGUUGAUGUCAAAGAACAACAAGGACUUUCUCAACUGCAGAGACCAAAUUCACUGUCCACCGGGGGCUCCUGGGGGCCACGUUCAGCCUUAUACUUUUUAUAAUAAUCAAAUUGCUGUGUUGUUCUAGAUUUGUAUUCUUUGUAAUGAAUGAAAUGUUAAUGUGCUGUCUUCUGUAUAAAACACCGGCUUUCAUCAGCCAGACAACAGGGCUGAUCCUCAAUUACAUCCUGUAUUAUAAUCCAGAGCUGCACUCACUAUUCUGCUGGUGCAGUCACUGUGUACAUAAAUUAUUUUAAUUAUCCUGUACUGA